AUGGGAGGCGUUCGUGAAAAAAAAGUUGAAUACUUUGCUAAAUUAAGAGAACUCUUAGAAGAGUACAAAUCUAUCUUCAUUGUUGGUGUUGACAAUGUUUCAUCUCAACAAAUGCAUGAAGUUAGAAAAGCUUUGAGAGGUAAAGCUGUUAUCCUUAUGGGUAAAAACACCAUGGUUCGUCGUGCUAUCCGUGGUUUCUUAUCUGAAUUACCAGAUUAUGAAAAAUUAUUACCAUAUGUUAAAGGUAACGUUGGUUUCGUUUUCACCAACUCUGAUUUGAAAGACAUUAGAGAUGUUAUUAUUGACAACAAAGUUGCCGCUCCAGCUCGUGCCGGUGCUUUUGCUCCAGCUGACGUUUGGGUUCCAGCUAUUAACACUGGUUUAGAACCAGGUAAAACUUCUUUCUUCCAAGCUUUAGGUGUUCCAACCAAGAUUGCUAGAGGUACCAUUGAAAUUGUUUCAGAUGUUAAAGUUGUUGAAGCCGGUGCUAAAGUUGGUCCUUCUGAAGCUUCUUUAUUAAACUUGUUAAACAUUUCUCCAUUCACUUAUGGUUUAGCUGUUAUUCAAGUUUACGACAAUGGUCAAGUUUUCCCAUCUUCAGUCUUAGAUAUCACUGAUGAUGAAUUAGUUGGUCACUUUGUCUCAGCUGUUAACACCAUUGCUUCUAUCUCAUUAGCUAUUGGUUACCCAACAUUACCAUCUGUUGGUCACUCUGUUGUUAACUCUUACAAAGAUUUAUUAGCUGUUGCCAUUGCUACUAAAUAUGUCUACCCAGAAAUUGAAGAAUUAGCUGACAGAAUUGAAAACCCAGACAAAUACGCUUCUGCUGCUCCAGCUGCUGCUUCCGCUCCAGCUGCUUCUGAAGAUGCUCCAGCUGCUGCUGCUGAAGAAGAAGAAGAAGCCUCUGAUGAUGACAUGGGUUUCGGUUUAUUCGAUUAG